AAGCCAAUCGGCAUCUGAUUGGUCGAGUAGGUGGGCCUUCUGACUUUGGCUGUUUUAACUAGUGAUGACCACAUUAUUUACUUUUGCUUGUAUAAACAAGGCUCGCGAGACCGUGGCGUGAACUGGAUCCACAUGCCUACAGCCUUUUAUUUUUAUUUUAACUCUUUGGCUACUGACUGAUUUUGCGACUCCAGUUGGAUAUUCAACCAAAACUACCGGACUGUGAUAUGGACUUGUGAGGAAUGGGAAGGCAACCUUAUGGACGUCUUGUUGCAUUACAAAAGCACCGAUGGCGGCUUGAAAAUCUUAGUGGACAGAACAGAAAAGGCCUUGGAGGACUUCCCCUGUCGUGUGUUGCCUAGAUUUACACCUUGGUUCCCACCUGAAAGUGACAAAUUGCUGCCAAUUAGACCCUUAAAGUCACCUCCGAUAGUUUCUCGGAAAGAUCUGGAAAAUAUCCAAUCACUUCUGCAGUCUGCUGAGCCAUUACUAACCUCCCAUCCCUGUGCCGAAAGCCUUCAGAACCUGGCUCUAACCAGUUUGGGAAGAUCCACCUUGCAUGUACAGGCAUGCUCUGAGAUUGGAACGUCAGCACAGCAUAAAGAUACUCUCCUUAGUGAGAGGGAAGUGAAAAGAUCAUGGAGUGUUUUUUCACAGAGAGGUUUAUAUAUUCAGAACACUCAAACAUUCUCCAAACAAUUCCACAAGGUUGUUUGGAGGCACAGACUUCACAUGCGCCAGAGAGCAAAAUGGGUUAUUGACAAACUGAACUUUGUCACUGGAGACAUAGAACAAAUAUGGAGAGGACUGAACCGGGCCAUCAGGAACUCCAAGCUUCCAACUUGCAAUGCCAACAUUCAUAGGGAUCUGACACAAAUCUGGGUGUUCUGCGAUGUAUUAUACUGUGAAUAUGUUGGAAAUUAUUUAAAGGAAGAAUUUCAAGUCACUGGACAGAUCACUUUAUUUGUUCAUAGACUUGGAAACAUUUUCACUUUAUAGAAAUUAGUGAUUGUCAGAAUUUGAUCCGUGUGUCACUGUCAUCUAUUUUGUUUACUGUAGGCAGGUUUCCAUUGACCCAGGUGUAUUUGACAAAAGCAAUGGUGCAACAAAAUAAUUGUUGCGACGUGUAAUGGAAACGACAGAUAUAGGAUACAUUUUAUAACGAUCAACAACAUUUUUAUCCAUUUGACGGGUGGAUUUUUCUUCUGUCGAACUUUCGUUAUUGUGACAAAUGAUGCUGGAAACUGGGUUUUUAAAAUAAAUUAUGAAUCAUUUUGAAGGUACGCGGGGAACGUGAUGUCACCGCAUAACUAUAAAGCUCCACUCCACAAAUGAAUUCUUAAUUCCUACGUCUUGCUAAAUAAAAAUUAUCUUUGCAGAA